CAACCCUUUAGUACUACAGGCACUUAUGGUGCAACUGGACCAGCCACCAAGUAAGUCAGCCCUUUAGUACUACAGGCACUCAUGGUGCAACUGGACCAGCCACCAAGUAAGUCAGCCCUUUAGUACUACAGGCACUCAUGGUGCAACUGGACCAGCCACCAAGUAAGUCAGCCCUUUAGUACUACAGGCACUCAUGGUGCAACUGGACCAGCCACCAAAUCUGCUGAGGAUGUUUUUUGACAACUUGUUUGAUGAAGACAUAAUCUCAGAGGAAGCCUUCUUUGCUUGGGAGUCGAACUUGGAUCCAGCAGAGCAGGCUGGGAAGGGCAUAGCUGUCAAAUCUGUCUUAGCAUUUCUGGUAUGGCUCAGGGAGGCUGACGAAGAGUCAAGUUCGGAAGAAAAAAAGGAAAAGGGAUGAAAAGAAGUCUACGG